AUGAGAACCAACCUGGGUGUCAGACUACCGUCGUCGACCAAACUCUUCAUCAUAAUCUUCAUCAUCAGAUUAAUAAAUGCUAUUUCAAUACAGACCUUUUUUCAAGCUGAUGAGUUUUAUCAAUCUUUAGAACCAGCCCACAAUUUUGUUUACGGGUAUGGGUACAUAACAUGGGAAUGGCAUGCCAAAUUGCGAUCGUCCAUACACCCCUUGAUAUAUUCCUUGGGGUACAUGCUUGCAAAUGAAAAUGAGCGACUAAUUUGGCUCAUUCCUAAGGUGAUCAAUAGUUUAGUUGCGACAAUUACUGAAUAUCAACUAUAUCGGUUUGUUCAAGUUUAUUCACGGGAUAGCGAAUUGGCUCGUAUCACUUUGACGUUGUCAUUAUUGAAUCCGUUCAACUGGUAUGUUUUAACGAGAUCAUUCUCCAAUAAUUUAGAGACGUGUUUGACGGUCUGUGCGUUGAGAUACUGGCCAUGGAGAGGUGGAAUAAGCAACUACAAUUGGUAUCUCAGUUUGGGUUUCGGAUUUUUAAGCUGUAUCAUACGCCCAACAAAUGUUUUAUUAUGGAUUCCAUUGGGUAUUUGGCUUUUGGGGCGGAUACGUAUUACAUUUGCAUGGAUCGCGUCUUCGAUAUUUGAAGUGAUUGUGUUAUUCUUAUUGUCUGUUGCACUUGAUUACUACUUUUACAAGGAGCUCACUAUACCGCUUUACAAUUUCCUUGAGUUUAAUGUUGUAAAGAAUUUGUCUGUAUUCUAUGGUGUUGCCCCUUGGCACUUUUAUGUACUACAAGCUAUACCAUUGAUGAUGAUGCUAUAUUUACCAUUGAUAGUUUGUGGUUUACGCAAGGAUAUAUUAUUACUCAGCAGUCUCAUUUACUUGAUUGGAUUCUCUUUGAUUCAACACAAAGAGUUUCGGUUUAUUAUGCCAUUACAACCAAUUUUCCUAUAUUAUUCAGCUCGCGGGUAUCGAAAAUUGCACAGAUUCAAGAAAUACGUGCCACUUGGUCUAUUUUUGAACGUGUGCAUUGCAAUUUUCUUCAGUAAUGUUAAUGAACGAGGAGCUGUUGACAUUUUACACUUUAUGAAAUCAAACAAGGAUGCUUUAUUUGGUUUCUUGACCCCUUGCCAUUCUACUCCAUGGCAAAGCCAUUUGCACAAUCCAGAUUUGCGCGCUUGGUUCUUGACUUGCGAACCUCCAUUACACUUACUGAACCCUACCCUGCUGGAAAUAAACUCCUACAGAGACCAAUCAGAUAUGUUUUACGACAAUCCCAAACUCUUUAUCAAGGAAAAUUUGGGGUCAACUUUGCAUUAUCCAGAUUACAUUAUUGUAUUUGCACCCAUGAAGGAGUUGAUUGAAAGUGAAUUGAGCAAUUAUGUUUUACACAAGCAGUACUUUAACAGUUACUUCCAUUGGGAUACUAGGAGAAGUGGUGACUUGAUUAUUUUUCGAAAGCAGAGUGAAUCUCAAAUAGAAUAG